AAUGUCUUAACCUAAAAGAUAAUUUUGAGGUUAAAAUUUGAUUACACAAAAUGAUAAAAAUAAUUAAAUAUACAUUACAGAAGACGAAAUUAACUAGGAAUUAUUCAAAAAAGCUUCCGAAUCCUUUAAGAAGUACAAAACCUCGCUCGAUUAGACCAUCUGUUCAAAACUUUAUUGAUUCAAAAUCCGUUCGAGUAAUUGGUGGUAAAGGGGGUGAUGGUUGUAUAUCUUUCCUUCAUUUAUGGGCAAAUGAACGUGCAGGACCCGAUGGUGGAGAUGGAGGAAACGGAGCUCAUGUCAUUUUUAGAGCAUCGAGUAAUGUAAAGGAUUUAAACCAUGUUUUAUCGGUGAUUAAAGGUGAAGAUGGUGGGAAAGGAAUGAAUAAGGAUUGUUGUGGUAAAAACGCCCAACACGCAAUUGUUGAUGUUCCUAUUGGAACGGUUUUUCACGACGAAAACGGAAAAAUUAUAGCAGAUCUAAAUGAAAAUGGAGUUUUAUUUGUUGGUGCUCGAGGUGGAUCCGGUGGUAAAGGAAAUCAUUAUUUUAUAACAGAUAUUGAACAAGCCCCAAAAAUUAGUGAAUAUGGUGCUUUAGGAGAAGAUUUACGGUAUAACCUCGAAAUUAGGAGCAUUGCUCAAAUAGGAUUUAUUGGCUUUCCAAAUGCAGGGAAAAGUACGUUAUUACAAGCAAUUACAAGAGCUCGACCAAAAAUAGCACCUUAUCCUUUUACAACGUUAAAACCUCACAUAGGAAUGGUUCAAUUCGAUGAUUAUGAACAAAUUGCAGUCGCCGAUUUACCGGGAAUUAUUCCCGGUUCUCAUAAAAAUAAAGGAUUAGGAUUUCGUUUUUUGAAACACAUAGAACGUUGCGUUGCUUUUGUGUACGUAUUGGAUGUGUCUGAUGAGAAUGUUUUAGAGAAAUUUCAAGUCUUACACUUUGAAUUAACACAAUUUAAUAAGGAGUUUGUGGAAAGACCACAGUUUAUUGCUGCUAACAAAAUCGAUUUGGCAGGUGUAAAGAGGAAUGUUGAAAUUUUAAAAGAAAAUUGCGGUUUGGAGGUAAUUCCGGUUAGUGGGAAGUUAGGUUAUAAUUUGUUAGAAUUGUUAAGAAAGUUUAGAGAUGUAUAUGAUGUAUCGAAAUUUAAGGUUAGAAAUAAAGGUUAAUAAAAGUUA